AACUUCAGGAUGUUUUUGCUGAUUGUGAAGACUACCAUAAAGCUCACAGAUCAGAAGGAAAGAAGAAGUUUGACAAAGAAAGUGAAAAGUAUUAUUCCACCCUGGAGAAGCACUUAAAUUUAUCAGCUAAGAAAAAGGAGUCACACCUACAAGAUGAAGGAAAGAAGAAGUUUGACAAAGAAAGUGAAAAGUAUUAUUCCACCCUGGAGAAGCACUUAAAUUUAUCAGCUAAGAAAAAGGAGUCACACCUGCAAGAUGCAGAUACCCAGAUUGACAGAGAACAUCAAAAUUUUUAUGAAGCAUCAUUAGAAUACGUCUUCAAAAUCCAAGAAGUACAAGAGAGAAAGAAGUUUGAAUUUGUUGAGCCUCUUUUGGCUUUUCUUCAGGGAUUAUUUACAUUUUACCAUGAGGGAUAUGAAUUGGCCCAGGAAUUUGCACCUUACAAGCAACAGCUGCAGUUCAAUUUGCAGAAUACCAGGAAUAAUUUUGAAAGCACCCGUCAGGAAGUGGAACGACUUAUGCAGAGAAUGAAGUCUGCCAGCCAGGAUUACAGGCCACCCAGCCAAUGGACUAUGGAAGGCUACCUCUACAUACAAGAGAAACGACCGCUAGGAUUUGCUUGGACAAAACAUUAUUGUACAUAUGACAAAGGGACCAAAGCAUUCACAAUGAGUAUUUCUGAAGCCAAAUCUGGAGGGAAAGUUAAUGGCCUUGUUCAAAAUUCACCAGAAGUGUUCAAGCUGAAGUCCUGCAUCCGGAGAAAAACAGAUUCAAUUGACAAGCGCUUCUGCUUUGAUAUCGAAGUUGCCGAAAGACAUGGGAUCAUUACCCUGCAAGCUUUUUCUGAAUCCAACAGAAAACUUUGGCUAGAAGCUAUGGAUGGAAAAGAACCUGGAAAUGGAUUCAUCCAACUGCUCUCUCUUUUAAUAGCGCCUAAAUCUCCUCCUGAUAUGGACAUUGAUUUGGAAAUUUGGGACAAUAAAACUAUAACAAGUGGGCUAAAGAACUACCUCAGGUGUCUUGCAGAGCCACUCAUGACUUUCAAGUUACACAAGGAUUUCAUCAUUGCUGUUAAGUCUGAUGACCAGAAUUACAGAGUGGAAGCAGUCCAUGCACUUGUCCACAAGUUGCCAGAGAAAAACCGGGAGAUGUUGGACAUCCUGAUAAAGCAUUUGGUCAAGGUAUCGUUACAUAGUCAGCAGAAUCUCAUGACAGUCUCCAAUCUUGGAGUUAUUUUUGGUCCCACAUUGAUGAGAGCCCAGGAGGAAACAGUGGCCGCUAUGAUGAACAUCAAGUUUCAGAAUAUUGUGGUUGAGAUUCUCAUUGAGCAUUAUGAGAAGAUAUUCCACACAGCCCCAGAUCCCAAUAUUCCUCUUGGAAAGCCUCAAUCCAGAUCAAGCUCAAGAAGGACAAGAGCAAUCUGUCUCUCCACAGGUCCUCGCAAGCCUAAAGGACGAUAUACUCCAUGUCUAGCAGAUCCAGAUAGUGAUUCAUACAGUAGCAGCCCAGACAGCACUCCAAUGGGCAGCAUAGAAUCACUGUCCUCUCACUCUUCAGAACAGAACAGCACUACCAAACCUGCAUCUUCUCAAUCCAGGGAAAAAACAGGGGUUGUUCCAUGGAUUGCGUCAUCGCCAUCAUCCAAUGGACCAAAAAAUUCUGGGCUUUGGACCACAAGUCCUGAAUCCUCCUCAAAGGAGGAUGCAGCAAAAACAGAUGUGGAAUCUGACUGUCAAAGUGUCACAUCUGUUACUGGACCAGACAAUGUGACUUCACCAGGAGACCCAGCCAAAAGAGGAUUGUAUAGUCUCUCUGGAAUGAAAAGAUCAUCAGCUUUAUCUUUAAGGUCUAUCCCUUCUGCAGAAG